AUGGGUUGACUCAUUUCAACUGAGUGAGAGUCUUUAGGCUCAAAGGGCAAGUCUUAUGUAAAAGUCAAUGUUAAAAAGCACAUUGAAAGCCAGAUUACCUCAGAUAUGACAGAUAUUAGUCUUAAGAGUUAUCAUAAUCCACUUGAGAAUUAUGUGAUAAGCCCAAAAGUGAUCGGAGCAGGAGGGUUUGGGAAAGUUUUUCUUGCUCGUUCAGUCGAUGAUCCUACCCUCAAGUUUGCGAUAAAGACUUUAAACAAGGGAAAUAGUAAGAUGCGGCUUGUUGAUUUUCAGAAAGAAAUAGGUUUCUUGAAGAAAAUGGACCAUAAGCAUAUUAUUAAGUACUUUGAAGCCUUUCAGGACAAAAAAUAUGUCUAUAUUGUGACUGAGUAUUGCCCUAAUGGAGACCUAUUUGACUAUAUCAAGAAUGAAGUUGCUGAAAGAGGAUCCUUCAAGGAGAAUGAAGCUUGUAGGAUAAUGCGGAAAUUACUCAAAACAGUGAAUUACAUGCACUCAAUGAACAUAGCUCAUAGAGAUAUUAAACCAGAAAAUAUCAUGCUUGGUGAAGAUGGAAACCUAAAGCUAAUAGAUUUUGGAAUAUCGAAACAAAUGGAAAAUGAACUUUUCAGUGGAAUUGUAGGCAGCUCCUUCUACAUCGCUCCAGAGAUGAUAAAAGGAAAAUAUGACCUUAAGUGAGAUAUAUGGUCUUGUGGAGUGAUACUCUAUGUCCUUCUCUGAGGCUAUUUACCGUUUAAUGGGCAAAAUACUAACGAUGUGUUAAAGAGCAUUAAACAAUGCCAAAUCAAGUUCACCUAUGAAGAAUUUACUAAUGUCAGUAAGGAUGCCAUUGACCUUGUCCAAAGGAUGCUUGAUCCUAAUCCAGAAACUAGAUAUACUGCUCUCGAGUGUCUGAAUCAUUCUUGGUUUUCAAACAGGAAAUCUCUCAAAGGAUACUAUGAAAAUGCAAAAAUCGGUCAUGAAAUUGUGAAGAAUAUCAAAGAUUUCACAACAGGAUCUAUCCUCAAGAAAAGGGCAAUAAAUCUCCUCGUAAAAUUCAUGACAUCGAGGGAAAUCUCUAAUUUAAACACUCUUUUUGAAACGAUCGAUACUGACAAUUCAGGAUUUAUCGAGGCUGAGGAACUAGCUGAGGCGCUAAAGAAAGCUGAUAAGAAUUUUUCACAACAGGAAAUUAAUGAGAUCUUCACUGAGGUUGACAUUCAGGGAAACCAUAAAAUCAAUUAUAGCGAGUUUAUUGCAGCCACUCUGAACGUUAAGGAAACUCUGACUGAUGCUAAACUGGCGACACUGUUCAAAAGCUUCGAUAUUGAUAACUCUGGUUUCAUCACUUUGGAAAAUCUGGAAGGUGCUUUUAGGAAAUUUGGAAAUAAAGUUAGUAAAUCUGAACUUUCAAGAGUACUUGAACUCCAUGAUUUAGACAAGGAUGGGAAGCUCUCCUUCUGUGAGUUCCAAAAAUGAUGUCUGACAGAGCAAUAAG